UGCCUUGUGCCUCGCCGGCUUGUGGCUGGACCGGACCCCAACAGGGCAUUUGUUUUCCUCCUGGCCGGAGACGUCGGCUAGUUCGAGAAAGCAUCUGCGAUGUCUCAGAAAAACAAGCUCAACUUCGUGGCUGAAGCUCAGAUCUGGAAGACUCACAUUGAAACAGAGCGUGAAGCUGCCCGAAAAUGGCCCACACGCUGGGGAUUUUUGUUGACCCCACUUAAAGAGUUGGUAAAAGAUGAAAAGAAACAAGUUGCUAAGCCGAAGAUCCCGCUUCCAGAACACUUACAGAUCCGACCUGUGACACCAGUGGAAAAAUAUAUUAAGGUUAGAUAUUUGUGA